UUCAAUUGCAGAAAGUUGAUCCCUUGAAAUCAAAGCAGCAGCUGGACUUGGAGCGUGCCCAUUUCCUGGUUACCCAAGCUUUUGAUGAAGAUGAAAAAGGCAAUAAUGAGGAAGCUAUAGAGUUAUACACGGAAGCGGUGGAGCUCUGUUUGAAAACAUCUAGUGAAGCAUCAGAAACACUUCUCCAAACCAAACUGAAGCAACUAGCUCGGCAGGCAUUGGACAGAGCUGAAGCCCUGAAAGAUUCAAAGCCAUCUCAAAAAGACAAGCCAGCUCCAGUGAAGCAAAGUCAACCAGUUAGAACUUUUUCCCCAUUGGGACCUGAUUUUUCCUUGAAUGAUAAGCCACAGUCCAUCAGACCUGUUCAUGCUAGUGAACCUCAAGGUCAGCGAUAUACUGUGGAUGAGAUCCAAGUGCUCAGGAGGACAUCAAAAAUAAAUGGCAUUGAAUAUGUCCCUUUCAUGAGUAUUGACUUGAGAGAACGUUUUGCUUUUCCAAUACCUUUCUCGUAAGUUUAUCUUUGUACUCACCAAAUACUUUUUUCACUCUCACCAUUUAGAGCUUUCAGUGUUGUUGAACUGUGAUACUAUAAUAAACUACCAUGACUGGUAUGUGUAUAUGUAUGCUGUAUAUCUAUGUAUGUGUGAAUGUGAAGAUAGAUGCACGAAUGGACAAACAGAUGGAUUUUUUAAAAAAUUGCUCACAAUCUAAUUAUUCAAAGCAAUUUUUCAAAUUGUGCUGUUUUGGAAAAAAUAUACAACUUUAUGUGCUAUAUGAAUAAUAUCACAUUAAGCCAAAUCUGAAAAAUUGCUGUGUGGUGCACAUGAGUAAGCCAUGUUUAAACAAACAUGGAAAUUAGUAGUACAUUCCAGCAAUCUUUCUUCCCUGUGUUCUCUGACAUUGCGGUUUUCAAGGUGACUGAUAUUCUAUUUAUAAAUAUUUUUUUAUUAUUUUGUAUCACAAAUUCCAUGUCUAUAUUGAACAGUGUGUUUUCUAGGUGUCCAAAGUGUUAAAAUAUAAACAUCAUCACAACCAUUAUAAUUAUGUACAUACAAACAUAAGAUAAUAUCAAUCAUUAGAAAGUAUACUCUCUUCCAUAUUGACAUCAGU